AUGAAGACCAAGCAAGUCAACUUGCUGAUCGCUUUCGUCGCCGUCGUGCUCUUUACUUUCUCUUGUUUCUGCAUCUCCAGGAUGACUCAAACCAGUAAUCAGUUAAUUAAUUGUAAAAGCCAUAUUUUGGAGUUUAAGGAAAAUAUGCAACGUUUGAAAAACAAAACUGAAGAUAAUCGCCAAGAGAUGAUGAAAGUCUUAAAUAAAAUGAAGUUCGGAAUUGCACAGAGAGAAAGCCUAUCAAGAAACUUAGUUGUACAGAAGAAAGUGGAUACAACGGGUAAGAAUGAAACAGUACCCGAUGCAUUUGAAGACUUAAAGUUUUUCUUACCUCAUCUAAGGAAAGCAGACAGAAUUUAUCCUAAUGUAAUCAUUGGCAAAGGGAAGACAGGUGUUUCUUUUGCAGUAGGUAUCUCAACUGUUAGCAGAGGAGAGUACAGUUACCUGAAGCAAACACUAACUUCUGUUGUCUCCAGGAUGACUCUAUCAGAAGAGAAGGACUCUGUGGUGAUUGUCUCCAUCGCUGAUAGUAAUGAAGAAUAUUUAAAUUCCGUUGUUAACAUGAUUAGAAAGAAAUUCAAAAGGCAAGUGAUGUCUGGAUCCUUAGAGGUCAUUUCAAUACCAACUUCUUUAUAUCCCAACAUGAUAAAUGCAAAGGAAUCAAAAAAUAGCAUGAGUGGAGAAGUCAAACAAGUAUUGGAUUUUUGUUUUUUGAUGCUGUAUGCCAAAUCUAAGGCCAUGUAUUAUUUACAGCUAGAAGAUGAUAUCAUAGCAAAAUAUAUGUACUUUACAAAAAUAACACAAUUUUUAAAUAAUAUCACUACAAAUAAUUGGUUUUACAUUGAGUUUUCAACUCUUGGAUUCAUAGGAAAGCUGUUUAGAUCUGAGGACUUAUCUGACUUUGUACGAUUUUUUUUAAUGUUCUACAAAGAUAAACCCAUAGACUUGCUCUUGGAUGACAUUUUUCAGAUAAAGAAGUGUAAACCAAGUGAAAUAUUUAGAGAAUGUUUAGAAAGAAAUAAGCAAGUUCGAAUUCGAUAUAAACCUUCUCUUUUCCAACAUGUGGGUAUACAUUCAUCAUUUCCUGGAAGAGAACAAUAUUACAAACUUCUCUACACUCAAGAACAGGAGGACCAGGGUACCACGGCGCGCCGGAGGCCGGGAGAGCGCGCUUUAGAGCGGAGAAGGCAGCGGCAUCAGUGGCUGCAGAGCAGCGGCAACACAGGGCUCGCAGCGCUGCGCCCCUCCGCGGCGGUUGAGCCCCUCGGUGCAGGUGCGCGCAGCUCGUGCCUCCGGCCACCGCCUCUUCCCCUCCCGCGGCCGCACGCGCAUGCGCCGUUAGCAGUCGCUGCUGGGCGGCCGCCGGCGGGAUUGGUCUGGGAGACGUGGGGACCGAGUGGCAGCGACUCGGACAUCUGA